UUUUUAUAUUAUAACAACUCAAAUACAAAUUCACUCAUAAUUAAAAUGGUUAAGGCAAUUGCAGUUCUUAAGGGCGACGAGGGUGUCCAGGGUGUCGUUACUCUGACCCAGGCCAGCGAGACUUCCCCCAUCAAGGUCCACGCCUCCAUCUCGGACUCACGGCGCCCCGAUGCUGAGGAGCGUCAUGUCGGCGAUUUGGGCAACGUUGUGGCGUCAGCCGAGGGCAAGGUCGAUGCGGUCAUCGAGGACUCGAAGGUCACCCUGUUCGGCCCCUACAGCGUCAUUGGCCGCACAAUUGUUGUGCACGCCGAUGAGGACGAUCUGGGCUUGGGCGGCCAUGAGCUGUCGGCCACCACUGGCUACUUCUAA